AAAGCAGAGUGAAGAACAUAAGAAAUGAAUGCAGGUUUGUUAAUAAUCAAACCGCAAGAAUUUACUCAAAGUAGCAUGGAUAAAGAAUCCUGAAGAGCGGUCGGGAUGAAAAGUAUUUAUUAAGUAUUUUUGAAAUUAUAGCGUCAACAAGUAGACAACUUUGCAACUGAUAGCGAUGCUUUCUACAAAAUGAAGUUAUCAAGGCUUUCCCUUUAUAUUCAUCAUGGACGUCUAUUUUAUUUCAUAUUUUAUUGGGGAAAAUCUUAAAUAUUUUUACACAUUAGAUAAAAAAAUCAGAACACCGUUGGAUAAACUAACGAAAUCAGGACAAAUUACAAAACAAGAUCAAUUGCAAAUGAAAUCUAACGGACCUAUUUUACCUCAAUUCUAUGGUAGGCUAAAACUAGACAACCCAAACAUUCCCCUACGACCAAUCGUUUCACUCCCAGCAAAACCAACAUAUAAUCUAUCUAAAAAACUUUUCAGGAAGUUAAAUUAUCUAACAGAAUCAUGCGACCAUUCUAUCAAUUCGUCAAUCCAGUUUUUAGAGAAAAUCAAAAACAUUAAAGUAGAAGACAAACAAAUGAUGGUGUCUUUUGAUGUCAUAGCAUUAUAUACUUCAAUUAGUGCAAAAGUAGCAACAGAAACUAUGCAACAAUUACUCUAUAGUAAUGAAAACAUAAAAACGCAAUGUUCAUCGUGGAUAGAACUCAUAAAAUUAUGCCUUACAACAUACUUCCAAUUCAAUACUCAAAUAUGUGAACAGAUAAAAGGAACACCAAUGGGAUUGCCCAUAUCAGGAAUAAUAGCUUAAGCCGUCAUGCAAAGAUUAGAAUUAAUACCUCCACCUA